AUAAAAAUUCUGAAAAACGUAAUAUUAUUUUUUGUAGAGCUAGGUGCGGCAUAUUUAUGUAUGAAGGAAAUGUGUUAGAUGAUGUUUCCAAAGUUUGUAGUGAAAAAUAAGCCUGGCGUCCCAAGGAACUCUAGGACCACAGCAGAAAUGUGCCCGGAGAAAUAUUUGGAAGGGCCGGACCAGGUGGUGCCCGCCGACGGCGCCGGGACGAGCUCGCCGGCCGGGAGGGUGCGGCUGCGGCUGGGGGAAAGCGGCGAGGCAUCCCUCACGCCCGUGUCCGUGCCGGGGCUGCUGGACCGCGCGGCAACCAGCCAGCCUGCCACCCCCGCCCUCGCCUGGGCCGAGCGCGACGACUGGGCCCUGCUCACCUUCAGUGAGUACAGAGAGGCCGUGCGGACUUGCGCCAAGGCGUUCCUCAGCUUGGGGCUGAAGCGCUGGCACGGAGUGUGCAUACUCGGCUUCAACUCCCCCGAGUGGUUCAUCUCGGACCUGGCGGCCAUACACGCCGGGGGGGUGGCGUGCGGCAUCUACGCCACCAACUCCCCCGAGGCGUGCUACCACUGCCUGAGCGACAGCCGGGCCAACAUCGCGGUCGCGGGGGACCACGAGCAGCUGGAGAAGAUCCUGGCAGUGAAGGACCGGCUGCCAGAGCUCGCGACAGUGAUCCAGUACUCGGGCGCGCCGCGGGUUCCUGGCGUGCUGUCGUGGGAAGACGUCAUGAGGAUUGGUCGAGAGCAAUCUGACGAGCAGCUGGAGAGUACGUUGAAGACUCUGGCAAUCAACGAGUGCUGCACUCUCGUGUACACGUCCGGCACGGUGGGAGCUCCCAAGGGCGCCAUGCUGAGCCACGACAACCUCACGUGGACCGCGCAGAGGGUGGCGCAGACGCACGGCUUCGUGCCGGGCGAGCCGCGCCGCGCCGUCAGCUUCCUGCCGCUCAGCCACGUCGCGGCCCAGGUUAUUGACAUUUACGUACCGAUAGAAGCAGCAAUAACUAUUUAUUUUGCAGACAAGGAUGCUUUGAAGGGAACACUCUUCCAAACAGUGCAAAAGGUUCGACCCACCAGUUUCUUCGGGGUGCCGCGAGUAUGGGAAAAGCUUCGAGAUGCGAUUGACCACAGUACCAAUCAGAACAGCAAUCUUAAAAACAGCUUUGUAUCGUGGGCAAGGCGGCAAAGUCUACAGCAUAACAUCGCCAAAAUGAAUGGGAUCGAGGGCAUCAGUGUUGGCUACAGACUGGCGAAACAUUUAGUCUUCGACAGAGUGAAGACUGCCCUCGGGUUUGAUUGCUGUACAGUGUUAUCCUCGGGCGCCGCACCAUUAUCAGAUGAUACAAAGGAGUUCUUCAUGAGCUACGACAUGAUUAUACUUGAAGGUUAUGGAAUGUCUGAGAUCCCAGUACACACGACAUCGCUGCACACAGCAUUUCGAGUGGGCAGUAUAGGCAGGAAUCUGCCUGGAACUGAAACAAAAAUACAAGUCCCUACACAAGGAGUUGGAGAGUUGCUGUUCCGGGGACGUAACGUGUUCAUGGGGUACCUCAACGACGAGGCCAGCACCCGUGCGUCUGUGGAUGGCGAAGGGUGGCUUCACUCCGGAGACAUAGGUCGGCAAGACGACUGUGGUUUCAUCUACGUCUUGGGCAGGCUGAAGGAGAUAAUAAUAACUUCCGGGGGAGAAAACGUCCCCCCCAUGCAGAUAGAAAACGAGGUAAAAAAGGAGCUUCCCAUCGUCAGUCACGCUUUCCUGGUCGGAGACAAGAGAAAGUUUCUCUCUGUUCUGCUGACAUUCAAGACGGAGCAGGAUCCGGACUCGGGGUUGCCGCUGGACCGGCUCAGCAGCGACUCCAGGAGGUGGCUGGAGAAGCUGUCAUGUGACGCGAGCACGGUUGCACAGCUGCUGCAGUCUGGUAACGAGAAGGUGAUGGCAGCAAUACAAGAUGGCAUAGACCAGGUCAACAGCAGAGCCACCUCCAACGCACAGAAGAUUCAGAAGUUUUCCAUUUUGCCACAAGACUUCUCCGUGAAAACCGGUGAACUAGGGCCGACACUGAAACUCAAACGGAAAGUCAUUGAAACACAAUACAGAAGCACCAUCGAACAACUUUACAGUAAUGUGUAAAGUCCAUUUGAUAAAAGUACUAUGCUGUAAGUAACUGUGUGACAGUAAAGCCAGUUUUUAUGAGUCAGAACACAAAUACAAUACAUUAUUACACAUUGUAAAAAAAUUCCUUUUGAGGAGUGACAGUGUAACAAAUUAAUAAAAAAAACCAUAAGUAUUCUUACUGAAAAAA